AUGAUCGCCGGGAGGCGCUUUGGCUUCCAGCUGAUCAAGUCUGUGGAGACGGAGGACCGAGCGUCCGACGCGUCGGUGCGCCGAGUCAACAUGUCGGUCUGCUACUUGUACUGCCAAACUGCGUCUGACGCGGUGGAUGUAUUUAUUCGGGGGAUCGUGGAGCUUCCUCGUAGCACCAAGCCUCGGCGGCGGCAGGACGCGAUUGAUGCUGCAGGCGACUACAUCCUCGCCACGAUCCACGGGAGGGAAUGCCAGCGCAUGAAGACGAUCGCGACGCUGAUCGAACGAUCCAAGACGGAGCGCGAGAGUCUCAAGUACGUCGGUGCUUGUCAUUGCUCGAAGAUCGUCCGUGGACUGGAGAAAGUCGUACGUCCAGCGUGA